UUUUUUUUGGUGAAUUUGUAUGAUGGGUGGUCGUUGUUCCAAUUUAUGUUUCUGUUUAUGGCCUUCAAAUAUCAAGUCUCAUGCUUUAUAUUCCUCAGAUAUAGAAAAAUGGGCGGAGAAUGAACAGUUGAAUUUGCCAGUUUUUAAAGAAUAUGGUUUGGAGGAGUUGAAAGCUGCUACCUCAAAUUUCUCUGCUAAUAAUAUUGUCUCUGAACAUGGAGAGAAAGCCCCCAAUGUGGUGUUUAAAGGUCGGCUUAAUGGCAAUGGCCGUUGGAUAGUUAUUAAGCGCUUCCAGUCGUCAGCAUGGCCUGAUUCUCGUCAAUUUCUUGAUGAAGCGAAAACAGUGGGGCAGCUAAGGAGUAAGCGGUUGGCUAAUUUGCUAGGGUGUUGCUGUGAAGGGGAUGAGAGGCUGCUAGUGGCUGAAUUUAUGCAUCAUGAAACAUUAUCCAAGCAUUUAUUCCAUUGGGAUAACCGACCAUUGGAAUGGUCGAUGAGGUUGAGAGUUGCUUUGUAUCUAACACAAGCAUUAGACUAUUGCAGUCGUAAAGGGCGAGAACUAUAUCAUGACUUAAAUUCUUACAGAGUUUUGUUCGAUCAAGAUUGCGAACCAAGGCUAUCGUGUUUUGGCUUAAUGAAGAACAGUAGGGAUGGGAAGAGUUAUAGUACAAACUUGGCAUUCACUCCACCUGAAUAUUUGAAGACAGGUAAGGUGACCCCUGAGAGUGUGGUUUACAGUUUUGGUGCCCUGUUGCUUGAUCUUCUUAGCGGAAAGCAUAUUCCUCCAAGCCACGCACUUGACCUUAUACGUGGAAAGAAUUUUCUGAUGCUUAUUGACUCAUGCUUGGAAGGUCACUUUUCAAAUGACGAUGGGACCGAGUUAGUUCAACUUGCUUCACGUUGUUUGCAGUAUGAACCUCAUGACAGGCCAAAUGUGAAAUCUCUUCUGACCUCCAUAACACCUCUUCAGAAAGAAAAAGAUGUUCCAUCAAACGUUCUGAUGAGUAUUGCUCAUGAAACCACCUCACCCGCCCAAGUAUCUUUAACACCUCUUGGUGAGGCUUGUUCGACAUGCGAUUUAACUGCCAUACAUGAGAUAUUAGAAAAGGCUGGAUACAAGGAGGACGAGGGGAUCGCUAAUGAGCUUUCGUUUCAGAUGUGGGCUAAUCAAUUACAAGAGACCCUGAAUACUAGGAAAUCUGGCGAUUCUGCAUUUCGAGAUAAAGAUUUUACAACUGCAAUCAAAUGUUACACACAGUUUCUUGAGGGUGGAAAUGUUAAGUCCCCAACGGUGCUUGCAAGGCGCUCCUUAUGUUACCUAAUGAGUAACAAGCCACAAGAAGCUCUUGCAGACGCAAUGCAAGCACAAGUACAAUUUUCCAAUUGGCCCACUGCUUUCUAUCUUCAGGCAGCUGCACUAUUCACUUUGGGAAUGGACUCAGAUGCCCGGGAAACUCUCAAAGAUGGUUCGUCCUUGGACUUCAGAAGAAUGAGGCAAUAAAUACGUAUAGGCUAUCGAGUAUAGUUCUACGUAAAAGGACAUUGUAUAGAUCACCUUCCAUACAUGAUUCACCAAUAUCAACUUAUUGUGGCACAGAAGGUUUCUUCCUAACAUCCGUUGGAGGGCAGGUGAAUAAUUUUCAUCCUCCUCCUGCCUUCUGGGAGAACUGGUGUAUCUCUCACUUUUGUAAGUUAUUGUGCAAGUUCAAUUGGCAUUUCUGGAGAUGUAGAUGGGGAACUGGGACCAAAUUGUUAGAAAAGUCACAAAUACAAGUUUAAAGUAUUUAUUUUCGAA